GCUAUCAAGGACUUAAUUUCACUACCUGUAGUUCUGCAGAAGUAGAACCUACAAACCCUUUAUCCUACUCUUGAUUUUUACCUGAUUUUCUACCCACCCUCAUACAAAACCUACCCAAAAUGUCCUCCAUAACCAUCGCAACCCUCCCCCGCAUCAGCCGCGAUGCCCUCUCAGCCCUCCUCCUCUCCACCUCCACGCCUAGCAAACUCGCUAUCAUUGAUGUCCGUGACUCUGACCACGUCGGCGGCCACAUCACCACCUCCACCUGGGUCCCCAGCUCCUCACUAGACUACCGACUCCCCGAACUAAUCCGCACCCUGGCGGACAAAGAGAAAGUUGUUUUCCACUGCGCGUUGAGCCAGCAGCGCGGGCCGUCUGCCGCGCUGCGGUAUGCCAGGGAGCGCGAGCGUGUCCUCGGCGAGGAGGAGAGUAAGAAGCAGGAGGUGUUUGUGCUUGAGGGUGGCUUCGUGCAGUGGCAGGAGAAUUAUGGGCCAGAUGAGAGGUUGACGGAGGCUUAUGUAGAGGAUAUUUGGAGGGAGUAUUAGUAUUCCAUUCUCUAGGGGGUUUUUGGCUUGGUGGUGAUACCCUUUUCUUUUUUUUAUUGUUCGUUCUUUUUACUGGUGGAUUGGGUUGUGUUGGAUAGACGGUUGAAGAGUG